UGACGCCACCGUCGCCCCGCGCCGGCUCCGGUCCGGGCCGCCGCCGCCGACCGUUGAGCGGGUUGCCGAAGCUCCUCCCUCAGGACCCCCAGCAAUCCCUUUCGGGCGGCGAUCUAUGUGGGGGUUCAGGCUCCCGUGGUCGCCGCCGCUGCUGCUCCUGCUGCCGCAGCUCGUAACCGGAGGUGCCGCUGCCAGCUCUCGGGCCGGAACCAUGAACCUGGGCGGCAGCAGUGGCGCGCGAUGCUCCUCCUCGGCCGAGGGGCGCCGCCUGCCGUGCCUGCAGCUGUCCACGGUUCCGGGAGCCGACCCGCAGCGCGGCAACGAGUUGCUCCUGCUGGCGGCGGCGCGGGAGGGACAGGAGCUGCAGGAUCUCCCCGGCGACUGUGCGAAGGAAAAGCCGCAACCGCCGCCCCAGCAUCAUGUCCUGUAUUUCCCGGGGGAUGUGCAGAAUUAUCAUGAAAUUAUGACUCAUCAUCCUGAGAAUUACCAGUGGGAAAACUGGAGUCUAGAAAAUAUUGCCAACAUUCUAGCCCACCGGUUCCCCAAUAGUUACAUUUGGGUGAUAAAGUGUUCCCGAAUGCAUUUGCACAAAUUCAGCUGCUAUGACAAUUUUGUGAAAAGCAACAUGUUUGGUGCCCCAGAACACGAUACUGACUUUGGAGCUUUUAAGCACCUUUAUAUGUUAUUAGUUAAUGCUUUUAAUUUAACUCAAAACAGUCAGCUGUCAAAGAAGAAUGUGAAUGUCUUGAAUAAGGAUUCCAAAGCAUCUAAUUGUAAAUCCACUUCUUCUCUUACUACUAAUGGAUGCCAGGGAGAAAAAGAGAGGACCUGUGAAAAAUCUGAUGAGUCUGCCAUGAGUUUUUAUCCACCAUCACUAAAUGGUGCAUCUUUUACUUUGAUUGGAUUCAGUAAAGGUUGUGUUGUUUUGAAUCAGUUGCUUUUUGAAUUGAAAGAAGCCAAGAAAGACAAGAACAUAGAUGCCUUUAUCAAAAGCAUAAGAACAAUGUACUGGCUGGAUGGUGGUCAUUCUGGAGGAAGCAAUACUUGGGUUACUUAUCCCGAAAUCUUGAAAGAAUUUGCACAAACAGAGAUUAUUGUUCACACCCAUGUGACACCUUACCAAGUACGUGAUCCAAUGAGAUCUUGGAUUGGAAAGGAGCAUAAGAAAUUUGUUCAGAUACUUGGGGAGUUUGGUAUGCAGGUAACUAGCCAAAUUCAUUUUGCAAAGGAAGCGCCUUCCAUAGAGAAUCACUUCAGGGUUCAUGAAGUAUUUUGAGACCCAAGAAUAUUAAUGUACAUGUUCAGUGGAAGAGCAUAAGCACUUUGAGUGUUAUAAAUUCAGAUAACAAGAUGUAAUUCAAUAGAUGCAUCAGUUUGGGGGAGGGGAGAACACAUUCCUAAAAUGUGAGUGUAAUGUGCAAUUGUAGUAUUCCUUCAUUGUGAAUGUGAGCAGGUUUUUAAUUUAGACUAUGUUAUAGUUACUUUGAAAUCUAAAAAGGUGGUUUGUGAUAAUCCAAUGAGGAAAUAUAAGAGCCUUAAAAAUAAAAGUUACAAUAUAGUCCUUAUAAAAGAGAACUAAAAUUGUUAUUGUUGAGAAUAGUUGAUUUUGAGUAAUGUUUUAAACUAAUGUUUUACACUCAUUUUGGUGAGAGUAUAACAGUAACUAUUUUGGCAUUCAAAACUUUUCAGUGGCAAACACUCCAUUUCUCUUCAAACAAAACAAAGGCACACUAAUGUUUUUCAUGAUUUUGGAGUAACUAUUUUAUACCCUACUUCUUAUGUUUUGUAAACUCGUGAACUUACUCUUUAAUCUGUCACCAAGUGUGUUUUUCUCUGGAGUUGAAAUACAUCUGUUCCCAAAUAUCCAAGAAUGUAUAAUAGUGUAAAAGUUGGUUUUUAAAGGCAUAUUACACUUAAGCACUGUGGCUUAAUUUUUAUUGAAAACUUUUUUAUUACACAGUGUCUUGAAUUUUGGACCCAAAAACCAAUUAUUUUGGAAAAUUGAUUUAAAUUAAGCAUAAUUAUGUACAUUGGGUAAAAAUAUACUACAGCACAGAUUUUAGAUCAUUUCAUUGUAUCAGUCUUUUCAAAGAGAUCAACUUAGGUAAAAUAAAUAUAUAAUGGUCUAUUUGUUAGUGCUCUGUUGAGGAGACGGAGUCCACAGGUCUAAAUGAGUGUUUCUCCAGAAGCAUGAUUUUGUCUGCCAAAAGAAAACAGCUCUCUUUGGCCAAAAUGCAAAAUUAUAUUGCUGUAAGAAAAGUUACAAGGGAAAGUUUGAAGAUACAAAUGAUUUACUUUUGGCUCAGAAACUGAAUUUUCUUAACACUGCUACGUAAUUUGGGUGGUCUCCUUCUGCCCAUUUUUUCAUAGUUCUCACCUGGAACUAGGUAAAUA